AUGCUGGAAACACCUGAAGUGGAAAUCAUAGGAGUCGACCCCGAGUCAAUGGAAGUGGACGAUCACGAAGAAGUCAGACAGUCAGAAGUCAAAUUGUCGGAAGAAGUCAACCAGGAAGUAUCUGAUGAAGUUGCUGUCAAACUGUUUGAUGUCGCUGAAGGCAUUGAAUUGAUUGAUGUUGACACUGAGGUCGAGGAGGAAGGGUCAGCGUUAUUAUCGUUGCCGUUAUCCAAGAUUAAGCGGAUUUUCCGUUUGGAUACCGAAUACAUUUCAAGCUCCAAUUCGGCAGUAUAUGCCACAGGCUUAGCGACUGAACUCUUCAUCCAAUACUUGACAGAACAAGCCAGUGUUUAUGCCAAGUUGGACAAGAGAAAGAAGUUACUUUAUAAAGAUGUCAGUACUGCCACGUCAACCAACGAAUCACUCAACUUUUUAGGCGAUACGGUGCCUAAAGCUCAACCCAUAAGUGACUUGAUCACCCAGAAGAAAAUCCACUUGAAUAAGAAAGAUAAAGAGCGGUUUUAUCCUGAAGAAACCGUUCAAGAGCCGAAUGGAAUCGGUGCCGGUGCUGGUGCCGGCUCUGGUGAUGCGUCGUCGCCCGUUUCCAAAGUUGCUGCACUUCCAAAGGGUCAACAGACUCUUCCACUUCGUAAAGCUGUUCUUCAUGAUCUUAUGUCUUCAGAUUAA